ACUUUGGAGCGUAUCCAACGUCGAGCCACGAAAUCAGUUCGAGGACUGAAAUUUAAACUUUACGAAGAACGCCUCCAUUCACUAGACCUUUACCCAUUAGAGUAUAGGCGUCUUAGAGGUGACUUAUUAAUGGCUUAUAGUAUUCUUAACACUUCUGGACAUCCUCUUAAACACCUACUUAGGCUUAGUUCGAAUAAUAACCUAAGGGGUAACACCCAGAAACUGGAAACACAACAUAGCAAGACGGAAUGUAGACACAACUUCUACUCCUUAAGAAUUGUCAAAAUCUGGAAUUCGCUGCCGGCCGAGCCAGUCCAAGCGACUUCUCAGGAGUCCUUCAAGAGGCAACUUGACCUAUUCUUAAGGACCAAGGACAGCAUCACACUAUGAUUUACCAAUUUCUUUUCUUCUUUUAUUGUUAACAUACCUAGGUUCCUGCCUGGAGGAUUCAGUGAUCCCCUGCUACUAAACACGGAAGCCUGUUAAGCGAAAGCUUCUUCUAUUCCGUCCACAACCAUUUGAACCAUUUGAACCAUUUAGGUUUGGGGAGCGCCGCUCUUAGUCUGUUGCGCAACAUUUUCGCUGGGGAUGGCGGAUGAUGGGAGGAGUUUGGAAGAAGAGAAUCGACAGUUAAAGUCUGCCCUAAAAGUGUCUAUGCAGGAGAAGUAUGAAGCAGCUGAAUAUGGCCUUACCCUUUUGGAAACAAAUCAACAACUUAAAAACCAGCUUGAUGAAUUAGGCGGAAAAUAUGAAGAGUUAGAUCGAGAACUAAAAAUUACACGCAAGAGUUUAGAGGAACAAAACCUUAUUCAACGUAGACUUAGUAUCGCUGGCUUCCAGGAGGAGGAUGACUUGGUAUCCGAGUCGGCAAACAGAGAACGUGUCUUAAGGAAUCAAGUGCAUGAUUUAGAAGUGGAAUUAAAGGAGCUCAGACUUAAGUAUGAGCGGCAAAUGGCGGAGAACGACACGCUGCACAAAAGGAAUAUUGAACAGCAGUCGGCUCAUGAAGAUCUAGAGAAACAGUUUAGGAACCUGAAAUCUGAUAUUAGAGAUGCUAAAGCAAAAGAAGUCCAAAUCUUAAACGAAUAUGAUGACUUGGAGGCAGAAAAUUUGGAGUUACAAAAGACUAUACUUUCCUUAAAAACUAGUCAGGUGGAAUUUGAAAGCGUAAGGCAUGAAUUAAAGCGACUACAAGAGGAAAAUGAUGUUAUACAUGUCCAGCUGGAAGAAAUAACUCGUUUAAAGCGGAUGACCGAAAAGUCCUUGGAAGAUGCUUUAGAAUCACUUCAGAUUGAACGUGACCAACGUCAUAAUUUACGCAAGGAACUUGACAGCAGAAUUAUAUCGGAUUCAAUAAGCCACCUCAGCGACUUGCGAAACCUAAACAAUUUGGCAAAUGUUAGCAAGCUUAGUCAACUUCAGGAAAGUAAUACUGAAUGUCAAAAACUAGAUACCAAUGUGUCUACUAAUGAACUUCCUGGAAGUGAUGUGAAGAAUCGAGAGGAAAAUAAAUCUGGUUCUAAGCAUCCUUCGCCAGACGAUCUGCUGACUGAAUUAAGAACUACAGAAAUCGCCAAGUAUGAGGCAGAAUUGGCUCAUAUAGAAGCUGAGAAAAAUGAACUUACGAGAACACUCGAAAUUACCCAGCGAUCUCUUGAGUUGGCUACAAGUGAAGUUUCUAAUAAACAAGAGCGUAUCAAUGGGUUACUGGCUCAGUUAGAUGCAAUUAUGUCCGUCAAAUCAGAAGCAGAUUCUGAAUUCGAAGUCAAAGAAUUGGAAUUAGAAGCACAACCAACUGCAAACUGUAAAAAUGCGAUGGUUGAAUCCUGUAUUUCAAUGACUUCUCAUACAGAUGAAAAUGAAGAUCCAAAUACAAACACACAAAAUGACCUAAAAAGAUUACGUAGAGCUCUACGGCUAAAUGAAAAUCGUUAUUCCGUAGCUUUGCGUCAAAUUGCCAGCAUGCAACAUGAUCUUUGGAGAUAUCAUGAGCGUGAAAAAAUUGAUUCUCGACCUGAACUAGCUUCAGAAGAAUCCUUAAAACAAGAACUGGUUCGCUUACAAGGUAUUUUGGAACAACGUAAUGAGGAAAUAAAAACGCUACAGCAGAAGCUAUCUGAUAACGAACAAACUAUUUGUAAAAAUUAUAGUAAGAUCUGUUCUGUCACGGAAACUUAUAAGCAAUGUCUUAUUGUUCUUAUCGGGAUUUAUAGCUUUGUGUGCUCAGUUAUUAAAGUAUCACCACAUAAACAAGUGGCUUAUGUAGCGGAUCGUUUUAAUAUCCCUCUUCGUAGUGAAAAAGAUUCGUCGGAGAAUUCAGUUGCAUCUGAUUUAGUUGGGACAGAUAAGUCUAUUGAUGAACAGCUGGGACAAGAUUGUGGAAUAAAACCAACAGGAUCUCCCACGUCUAAUACAAAAACAACAACCAGUACUACUACUACUACCGAAUCUGAUUUCGAAGUAUUAUCCGAAGAAGCCGAUUUGCAUCUUACCGUUGUCACACAACUGCGUCAUCUAGUUAGCACAUUCAAUGAAAAGUAUUCUCAGAUUUCAAAUCAGGUUCCUGGACGUAGCAGUUUAGAUAUUGAAGAGACCCAACAACAAAACUUGCGUUUAAAAAGUCUAUUGGAGACGAAACGUGAACAAGUACAUACAUUGCGUAAUAUGCUGCGAGCCAAUAAAACUACGGCUGAAACCGCUCUAGCAAAUUUAAAACAAAAAUAUGAAAAAGAGAAAAUUAAUGUCAGUUCAACAAUGCAACAGUUACGUAGUGAGUUGAAGACACUUAAAGAAGAUGCUGCAAUCUAUGGUUCUCUACGCGCUGUAUUCUCCCAACGUUAUGAUGAAUACAUGACACAAUUAGAUGAAAUGCAAAGGAAACUAAGUGUGGCUGAGGACGAAAAACGAACUGCAAAUACUUUGUUGCGCCUUGCUAUUCAGCAGAAAUUAGCUGUUACUCAACGACUUGAAGAACUUGAAGUAGAUCUCUAUCAAAAACAAAAUUUUGACAUUCGUUCUGGCCAACCUCAUCCACCUUAUCAUACUAGUUCAAUUCAACCAUCUCCUAAUUCCCUUUUAUCUAGUCCAAAUCACCAGCACUCUUAUUCUACAUCAAUUCAUAGUCAGCGACAUUCAACUCCACAAAGCUUCCCCCCAAUUGAUCUUUCCACCCUUAGAUCAUCUACCCUUCCGAAUGCUCCUUAUUAUACCGGUUCAAGUCCACAACAUGGAAGUAUGUCGUCCAAUGGCAGUGGUGCAAGAUUAUCGGGUCCAGGAUCAGAUAGAAGCAAAAGAAAUACGCGUUUCAGACGUGAUGGUGUGACCUGA